AUGUGGAAUGGCGUGAUUGCGUUUGAAGGUUCCAACCUGGAAGAAAACAUGAAGGAAGCCUUAGUGCAACUUCGUCAUGUCGCUGCUGACUGCAUGUAUAUGGCCACGACCGUCCUGGGAGGAAUCAGUGCCCGCUACAAUAUCGACGGAUUGAGCCUGCUUAAAUUCUAUACUGCUUGCGGACAAAAGUACUCAACAGAUCUUGGGGACAUGGAUAUGGCUGACGUCUGCUUUUCGAAGGGUGCCGAAUUCGUCGAACAAGCCCUGAAUGAUUCGCGAGCAGAGGUUUGCAAAAGGAAAACAUUUGCAAGGGCAAUGUUCGACCUUCUUCUGGGUCGAGCUGAGUGUUCAUGGGAGAAAGAUGAGAGUGAUGAGGCUGAGCGAUAUGUAAGUGAUGCCAGACAGUACAUGGAUGAUUUACCAGGUGAGCAUGAGUUCUUAGCAUCGGUGGAAUAUAAUUUUGGCCUGUUUACCUAUCAGGCGAAAGAGACUGAGCGAGCCUUGAAAUGGCUGAAGAAGUCAAUGGAAACUAGGGGAAACCCAGCAAACACGAUGAAGAACGUGAAAAAACAGGCAAAGACUGCUCGACUAGCUGGCGUUUGCCUGCUGGCCCUGCAAGACUAUGAGGGUUCAUGGAACUUGAUGAACGAAGCUGAAGAGAUAUGCCAUGAUCCCGUCGGUUCUUACCUAUUGCUAAAGUUGAGCGUGAUCAUCAAAAAGCCGCAGGCCCUAGAUAUCUUAACCAAGACAGUCCAAGACCCAGACAACAGCUUAGACAUAUGCAUUGCUUCCAUUUCUCUGUUUGGUGAUGCACAACGAAUCUCUGACGCUGCUGUUGGGUUUGAGAAUCUUUUUGAGAGGUUUCGUGAUUCCCCACGGGCAAUAGCGGGAACCAUCGGUAUGCGUUACUUCGAAACACUGGCCGCAUUGGGUAAAAUUGAGAAAGCUCUCGAGAUAUUGGAAGCGAGUUGUGUCGCAUUGACACAGUUGAAAGUCGCUGAUGCAGAAGAGCCCAAGGACGUGCAUGAUGAUGUCCCACAUGAGGAGCACUCGGUCGAUGUGCUGUCUGCGCGAUGGUCUGCCAUGCUUUUAGCAGUUGGUUCGUCCCAGGCAGACCGCAAGGAUUUCUAUUCUGCUGCCCUGCUUCUUAACCGAUGCUUACAAUUAGCAAAAACUGCCUUGAAAACAUCAGAGGAACAUCUUGUUCUUAUUGGAAAAUCUGAUUCCGACGCCUCUAAUGUUGUUGUAGAGAAUGAGGCGGCUGUAUGUAGGUUGGCGUCUUCCUGUGCGCUCUGCGCAAUCGACGAUAUGAAAAAGAAGAGCAAUUCGAUGUGGCCAACUGAUAGUAAGGAAAACGGUACUGAUGGCACCCCGGAGUCUGCUUUUGCAACACUACUUGAAAUGUCAAGGUCGAAUGCUGAAAGAGCCAAACAUUUAGAUUCAAGCGACUUUGCACCCCGCCUUCUGCUGUUCAGAGCACAUCUUGUUGCAAAUGAACACAAAAAGGCUGCGGUUGAGUUGAGGAAUGCGAGUGCUGACAUAAGGUCAUUUGACCCGGGUGCCCUUGCAGAGGCAGCCUGUGCGGCAAGGGACGUCGGAUCCCAGGAAUCUGUUGUUGCCGCCCUGCGGUGCAUAUUGAACAUGGACACUGCCUCACUAUCAAAAAAUCUAGGCGCCUCAUCAGCCACGUUUCCGAAGGGAUUUUAUGGAAAAGUCCUGCUAUCAUGCGUCCACAUUUUACUUGACAGGAAAGUGUUAAGUUGGACCGAGGAAGACGAUGUAUUGGAGAGCGGCUCGGAAACAGCUAGGGAUGAAUGUAUCGAAAAGCAGGAAACUGACCUUUUGUCCGUUCUGAAAGCAGGACUCAUAGGAAUCCAGCAUCUUGGUCCGACACAGUCGUUCGACGAUGACAAAGGCAAGAUUCAUGAAGGCUUGACAUAUCUCAUAAACGUUAGCUGGAAUAAGGGACGGGAACAGGGCACAAAGAUGAACUUUUUGCUGUGGGAGGGGUUCUUUGAUAUUUGUUAUCAAUUGAGCGCAUUUCUCCCGCCAGACGCCGCAAUUCUGCAAACGCGACGGAUGUCAAUGCUGAUGUGUGCGUCAGCUAAUAUCGAGAAUCCCAAGUCAUCAAAGGAGGAUUUUCAGAAAGCAAGGAAACAGGUGCAGGAAGCUCGCCGUCUAUCAGAGGCGCUUCAAAAGGUGGCGCCAACUAAAAGCGAGGAUCCGAUUGAGGGGUUGCUAUUGAUCCUUGAUUCAAGGUGCUGUGUUGGAGGUCACGACGCUGAUGCACUCGCAUGCGUCGUUGAGUCGGCACUUCAGAAGAUGCAGGUUGAAGCAGGAGUUCUGGAGCAAUUGGCCGCUGUAAGCCACAAUUUCAAAGACGCAUCUGGUGGUCUACAAGACAACGCGGGUGAAAUUCGUGUGCGAUGUGCUGAUCUCGUCGCCGCCCUUCUCGCGAAAGCGUGUGACGUGCGGUUGUGUGACGAAGCCGGUGACUUGGGUGCGUUGGCAGUAACGUUGCGAGAACAUUUAGGUGUGGAGAUUUCGCGCGGAUCUACAGCAGCUCGGGCUCAUGCUGUUUUCUCCAGAGCUGUUGGCGUUGUACUGGAGCACAAGGAUGAGUUUCCUUUGGAUGAAAGGAGAUGGUUGGUUGCUAUUUCGUGGGAUCGGGCGCAAAUGUUCCAUCGGUUAGGGCAAAAUGCAGAAGCAAAUCGAUGGUGUCAGGGGGCGCGGCAGCUGGCCGAGGGAUGCGUCGCGCUUUCCUCCUACAUGCCGAGACUUGAUUCGCUUUUGAAUAAGCUAAACUCUCUCGUUCAUAAAUGA